AUGCAAGAUUGUUUGUUCAGCCAGAUUAAGCGACCUGGCAAAGAGAGAUUACACAAUCUGUGCCAGUUACCAGGGCAACACCUCGGUCCAAUCAGACACUGGGAGCGACCGUCAUAUCUGGCCAUCUACAUUCAGAGCCCCAUAAUCCUCAUCUCGUGUGAGGUGAAAAUCGCUGUUAAACUGAUUCCAAGUCCAUCAGCACUUCCCAUACCACUGCACCUCCAAGUACCCAAAGGGGUGGCUCACGGCCAGUUCAAGCGUCACCUCUAG